AUGAAAGAACCGCAGCGACGUUUACGAUACAAUGUCGCCAUAUCACUCGAUGGCUUCAUCGCGCCUCCAGAUGGGUCAACAGAUUGGAUCGUACAAGACGACAACAUCGACUCUCAAGCACUUUAUGCCCAGUUCGACACGUUUGUUAUGGGCGAGCAAAACCCUCUACGACGAUACCCAAAGCAGAAACUGGUUGUUGGUAGCAGGACUCAGAGGAGCGACGAUCACCCGAGUGUGACUAUCGUAUCGCACAACUUCACCGGCUACGUGGCGGACCUCAAGAACGUGGAGGGCCGGGAUAUCUGGCUCAUGGGCGGCGGGCAGCUGGCGGGGCCGUGUCUGGAUGCGGGGAUCCUAGAUUCCGUUGAGACCGCGAUCAUGCCCGUGAUGCUGAGGAAAGGAAUCAGAAUGCUGCCGGACUCGGCGCUCACGCCGCUUGGGGGAUUCAAGUUGGAAUUGGUGGAUUGCAAAAAGUUGGACACGAGUGGCAUUGUGAACUGCAAGUGCAAUGUCAGCAGGGGAAUGGCUGCGUCUCUGGGUGAAGCAUUAUCAUUCUGUUGA